UCAAGCCCAGCCAGAUUAAGGCCAGCGGAGUGCUGCCCACCAAGACCCAGGCCGCCCCGCCCCGCCGCCGCCCGCCGCCGCGCCCGCCGCCGCACCCAAGGCUGCUCCCGUGCGCAUCCGCCGCCCGUGGCCGUCGGUCUGCGGCGCAUCGAGGGCGAGAGCGCCGUCCGCCGCCCCGUGGCGCCUCGCGUGCAGCAGGUACAGCAGCAGCAGGCCUUCACCGGCUCGGAUGAUUUGGAGUCGGUGGACUUCGUGCGCCGCCCAUCGCGGCUGCCGCCCAAGCCGGAGCCCAAGGAGGACAUCCGCAAGUCCGUCACACCCACCAUCGCUGUGACGCCGUCCACGCCCGCGCCCACCGAGACGCCCGUCCCACCCUCGCCGCCCGCCAAGAUCCCCACCAAGUUUGCCAUCGACAAGACGCCACCACCCACGCCCAGGCCCGGCGACAAGCCCGCUGAGAUCAAGCCCGCCCCCAAGCCCGAGGCCUCCAAACCAGCCGCUAAGCCCGCAGAGAAAGCCGUAGAAAAGCCUGCCGCUGAGAAGCCCGCCGCCCCUGCCGCCCCUGCCGCCCCACCGCCGAGAAGCCCGCUGCCCCAGCCGCUCCUAAGCCCGAGGAAAAGCCGGCUGCCGCCAAGCCCGAGGAGAAGAGCGACGCCAAGCCGGCCGCCGAGAAGCCCUCCGAGAAAGCCGCAGCCCCGAAGCCGCCCAGCGAGCCGAAGCCCGCCACGCCCCCAGCCGAGACCUUCAAGGGCAACUCGCCCACCAACCAGGCCGAGCCGCUGAUCAAGCAGAGCCAGAAGACCGGCGGCGGAUGGCUCUGAGCGAAAUUACAAAUAAAAAUAAACCAAAGAUAAAUAUUUUAAAAAAUGAGAUAACAGGUAACUAAACAAAAAAUAUAAAAAAUAUAUAUUUGAUACACAUAUAUUCCUUGCUGUAUACAAGUGGCUUCGGGAGUACCUCGAAUUCCAAUGGCCAAUGCGAGUGUAGCAAUAUACCUUGCAACCGUAUUUUAAUUAUGAACAUGUAAUCAGUCUGGUGUUCUAUUAAGACUAAUUAGUUGCAUGUAUGUAUGACUUAAUUUGCAUAAAGGGUUCAGCUCUCAUUAUAUAGGCUUAGCUAAUGAUUAUGUAUGCGUACUGCACUUGAACUAAUUAUUUUCUUGUUGCGAUUUUGUGUACUUGUUAUACUUUUAUCGUAUUGUAAACUAUAACAAAAUAAUUUUUAUUAGUAAAAAAAACAUGGGGAAGACUCGUGAUUAUAUUUCAAUAGGGUAAAUAUAGGAAAGUAUCCUAGCAUUUAAGAAUUUUAACACUUAAGAAAAAAAAGUAUUUUGUUUGGUUUAUUAUAUAUGCAAACAUUAUUCCAAUUAAACUGAUAUAAUAUGAUAAAAUAUAAAGGAUAUAAAAAUAUACAAAAAAAGCAUAAUUUAGCUUUUCACAUUUAAGUUUCGUUUUAUUGUUCAUCAAACUUGCUAUUGUAUGUGAUACCAUUGAUAUUAGCCUACGAAAAUAAAUAGAACAUAGUGAUAUAUUCUUAGCUCACCAUAAUGCUUAAACAGUUUUUAAAUUGCUUAUACUCUGCAGGAUUAAUUAGCUUGUAGUAUUUCUUGAUUUAUGAUAUAUAAAAAACACAAUAUAUGUGGUUUUCUUAGGAGUGACAACAACGGAUCUAAUAACCAAAUGAAGUAAAAGUGUGAUUUGACUCAAUAUUUUAUGAUUGAGAGGGAAAAAAAUGUCUCGGUGGGAUACGGGCUUAUUCUAGCUUAAAUCUUAUUUUCCCAUUACCAAAACUUGUUUCAAAACCUUUUUUUGGCUUUCUCUAUGUUACCAGUGUUCUGUCCAUUCAUUCUAGUUAAAAUAAAACAGUUCUCAUAACAGUUCCA